UCAGAAGCGAAGGGGAUGGAGGACACAGUAGCGGAGAAGAAACCCCGGACCGCCGGCGAUAGAGAUGGAGACGGCUGCAAUGGCGAGCCGUCCGGCACCGCAGAGAGCGGCGGCUUGGCGCCAGACUGGUGGAGAGGCUCCCCGAGGCGCUGCUGGUGGAGGUGCUGGCCGUCUCGACCUCGACGACGCUUGCUCCGCCGCUGCGUCCUGCCGCUCGCUCCACGCCGCCGCCAACGUCGCCCUCUCCGCCCUCGACCUGUCCAUGAGCUUCACCCUCUCAAAAAAAAAGUUUUGAAACCCAAGCAGCGACCCGAAAUUCCUCUUCGAUUCCAUCCCAUCCCAUCCCAUCCCACAUCGAGUACUCCCCCAGUCCCCCUUUCGCCUUCGUCCUCCGAUCCCAGAUCUCAAGCCCCGCCGCAGAACCCAAGCCCCAACUCCACGAUGAGGCCGUCGCUGCUGAGAUCCACGUCCCAGCUCCUCCGCCGCCGGAGCUACUCCUCCGCAUCCGGGCAGCCUGAGCGGAAGGUGGCCAUCCUCGGCGCGGCGGGCGGCAUCGGGCAGCCGCUGUCGCUGCUCAUGAAGCUCAACCCACUCGUCUCGUCGCUCUCGCUCUACGAUAUUGCCGGCACCCCAGGUGUCGCGGCCGACGUCUCCCACAUCAACUCCCCCGCCCUGGUGAAGGGCUUCAUGGGAGAGGAACAGCUUGGGGAAGCGCUAGAGGGCUCCGACGUGGUAAUCAUCCCGGCUGGCGUGCCGAGGAAGCCCGGCAUGACCAGGGACGACCUCUUCAAUAUCAACGCUGGCAUCGUUAAGAACCUCAGCGCCGCCAUCGCCAAGUACUGCCCCAAUGCCCUUGUCAACAUGAUCAGCAACCCUGUGAAUUCAACUGUACCAAUUGCUGCUGAGGUUUUCAAGAAGGCUGGGACAUAUGAUGAGAAGAAGUUGUUUGGCGUGACCACCCUUGAUGUUGUUCGCGCCAAGACUUUCUAUGCCGGGAAGGCUAAUUUACCAGUAACCGAUGUGAAUGUCCCUGUUGUUGGCGGUCAUGCGGGUAUCACCAUCCUGCCAUUGUUCUCACAAGCCACCCCUGCAACCAACUCAUUGUCUGAUGAAGACAUCAAGGCUCUCACCAAGAGGACACAGGAUGGUGGGACUGAAGUUGUUGAGGCAAAGGCUGGGAAGGGCUCUGCAACCUUGUCCAUGGCGUAUGCUGGCGCUGUUUUUGCAGAUGCAUGCUUGAAGGGUCUCAAUGGAGUUCCGGAUAUCGUUGAGUGCUCUUUUGUUCAAUCAACUGUAACAGAGCUUCCAUUCUUUGCGUCCAAGGUGAGGCUUGGGAAGAAUGGAGUUGAGGAAGUGCUUGGGUUGGGCGAGCUGUCGGACUUUGAGAAAGAAGGGUUGGAGAAGCUCAAGAGCGAGCUCAAGUCUUCAAUUGAGAAGGGUAUCAAGUUUGCAAAUGAGAACUAGACAAGGCCAUUUUGCAGAUUAUAGCACCAAUUGAGACCUGUAGUUACCGGAUGUUCUGAUUUCAUUCUACCCUUUUCUGCCCCUUUUGUGAGGGAGUGGAAGGAUCUAAGCUCUCGUACAAUAAAAAACCUGGUGGCUUUUAUUGCCAGGCAACAUAUAGCUUGCGACAUAGAGAUGUCAAGUUUUGAACUGAACCAGUUGUUUAUGAGCUUUCUGCCUUUUAAUCGACGGUGCUGUCUUGUGUGUGUAUUA